CAAGGUAGAGCUACAAUCCAUCCUAUCAUAUCCUGCAGGUGCUGCUGGGUUGGUUUUUCCUGUGUUUUGCUUUGUUCAAACCUUGUAGUAUUAGUAUACUAUUCCCUCCACCUCAUAAUAUAAGAGUGUCAAAAACGCUCUUAUUAUAGUAUUAUAGUAGGACCGAGGGAGCACAUACAUUCUCCAUUCUCUCUUUAGCUUGUACGUAAGCGUUACGUGCCUUUAAUCGGAUCGCUGCUCAUCCAGGGCUUUAAUCGCCACUCAUCAGCGAGCGCCAAAAAAGAAAAGAAAAAAGAAGAAAGAAGAAACGCUUCCAUCCAUCCGACGAUCAGAAUACCACGAGGGGAUGGGAGGGAGAUGUCUUUUCUCUUUUUCCUUUGGGCAAAGUGCAAGCAUAUAUGCCAUGGCCAUGCAUGGCAUACGCCAACGCCAAUGCCAAGCACAGCAGAGCAGCGCACUGCAUGCCAAAGUUUCUGCCACCCUCAGCCUCUUUAUUCUCCUUCUCUUUUUGUUAACAUAUGACCACUAUAGUACACUAGUAACACACACACACACACACACACACAGAGACGAAUAUCUCUGCCUCUACAAUUCAAAGCCAACAUGCAUGCAUACUUUUCCUUUUCUCACCGGCCAAAGUCCAGCUAAUUUCAACUUCCAAGCAUCUACUUCAUUCUUCAACAUUGCUGCCGGCCGGCCAAACCUUCAGUCCACACAUGUAGUGCUAGUGUACAACAUUGACCUGCUUGACACUCACCACUUAUCUCUUGUCAACAGUCCACACAUUGGAUUGUUGCCUUCUUCUUCUGAAUCCUUGCUCUUUAAGCCAGCCCAGGUGAUGCCCAGGAUACUGCUUAAUUAACAAUGCCUUCUUCUUCUGAAUCCCUGCUCUUUAAUUAAGCCAGCCCAGGUGAUGCCCAGGAUACUGCUUAAUUAACAACUUCCUCUUUAAGCUAACUCUCUCUCUCUCUCUCUCUCUCUCUCUCUCUCUCUCUCUCUCUCUCUCUCUACUGAACCGCACCAACAUGUUCGGAAAAGAAUUCAAAACUAGACCACACAACAAGUUAAUCAAAGAUGGCCUGGUCAAAAUCAGGGGGCAGACAGAUAGAGACAGUGUAGGCCAUGGCAUCAUGCCUGCACUGCUGCUGCAACCAUGCAUGCAUACAUAUUUCGUUUAGAUACAACCACCGUUCACUUUGUGUCGUCUCCUUGUGGAGGGUUUCCUGGAACAAAGCAAAAGGAACAUACAAAAUUCAUCCAUUCCAUUCCAUACUAUAUAUGCUUCUUUCAAAAAUAUGUGUUCAGAUGCAACAAAGUGUUCAUUCCCCUCUUCUUUUGUGUGGCAAAGAAGCUUUGAUCCCCUUCAAACCUUCUUGCUCACAACACACAUCAAUUUUUUUAUGUUCUUUUUGGACCCCAAAAAAAGUUCGUGUAGAUGUCCCAUCCCCAUAUGAGAUGUAAGGAUAUAUCGAUGUGGAAGGACGUAUGGUUUCAUAUAUAAAUGUGCGCGGAGGGAUUCCUGCAACAAAGCACAAGCGUAAAGCAAAUACCACAAAUGAUCAACCAUGCAUUUAUCUAUUCAUACAUGUCUUCAGAUGCUUCUUUCUAAAAGAUAAAUGUGUUCGAUCAAAGAGUGCCCAUGGACUAUUCCUCCCCCUCUCCUUUUGUCACAAAGAAGCUUUGAUCAACUUCAAAACUUGCUCCCAUAUCAGGCUCCUCCUUUGUUCUUUCCUUUUCUUUUUCUUUCAAUCUCUUCUCUUUUUGAACGGGAAAAAAAAAGUGCAUGUAGAUGACUCAUCCCCAUACAAGAUAGUACUACAUGGUUGGGUAGAUUGAUGUACAAGGAUGCAUGCUUUCUCAAAAGGAGAGAAUGUGAAAGAGAUCCCCUGGCCUGGCCUGGAUGGAUGGAUGGACAGAUAGACAGGGAUGUGCCAAGCAUAUUGCUGCUGUACUGUAAGUCUGUAACCUCCAGCAGCAAGGCAAGAAUCCAAUCCCCAGCUCUGUGCUGUGCUGUGCUGUGUGGGGAUCUUCAAUUUUUAAAUUCUAGCUUUUGCCUGAUAAAAGAGGUCAGGGAGAGAGGUGCAUCAAAAGAUGGGUGCUAGUGCUACCAUGAAAGGGGGUAAAUCUGACUGUAGAUGAAACAUACAGGAGACUGGAAAAACACCAUGGGCAGAGCCACAGAGGUAUAUAUCUAUAGUGGUAUGUGUGUGGUUAAAGAGAACAAAAAGAAAAGCAAAUGGGUCAGAGAAUCCAUCCUUGUUUGCUUGCUUGCCUGCCUGCUUCAACUGGCCCUGUCUAAGCUUGCUAGCUGCAGAGAGCAACAUUGUACUAGUGCAGUGACCAUGUAGCAGUUUACUUAGUUAUCUUGCUUGGAGUAAGAAUUUACCACAUACUGUCAUGAAUUGUAAGUAGAAACUAAGUGUAAAACAGCUACCCAGCACUAUGUUUCUUCUGUGUGAGUGAAAGCAACAAACAUGUCAUUGUGCGGUCUGAACUGAAUAAAGAGAGUUUACCAGUGGAGGUCAAAGCAGAGGAGUGAAACAUAACCUUUGAACAUGUCAUUCCUCUGACCCCUAAAGUCGCACCAGGAGCCGGCAUCAUCUGGCAUUCACAUUUGGCCGGAGACCCCCGCAUUAUAUAUAAAAUGGCCAUGUUGAAUGAAGCUUGUCUGAACUUCACACCAGAUGGCACAGUAAAAGUGCAAAGAUUGAUAGGUUGAAAAUCACUUUGAGUUGAGCUUCCUCAAGUUCAUUGCAGAAUCCUCAGCAGUUGCUUGGAGACUGUUCUGAUCAGUUGCUAAUUGUAGUUUAGUCUGUUUAGAGUCUUUUAAUCACUGAGAGAGAGAUGCAGUCCUGCAGUUGCUACAAUCUAGGACUCAAGGACAUGGUGCUGAAGCUGUCGGGCACGCAGAGGCAGGGGGUGCCGAAGCGGGGCGGCUCGCCGCCGCCGAGGGGCCGGACCACGUCCCUGUACCGCAGCGGCUACUACCGCCCGGGCGUGGUGCAGGACGACAUGGCGGUGCCGCCGGCCACGUACCUGGGCCACGGCGCCGGGGGUGGCGGCACGGCGGCGUCGAGCGCGAGCUCCACGCCGGCGUGGGAGCGGCCGCCCAACGGGGGCGGGGGCCAGGGCGGCGAGGCGGCGGUGCGGGAGUGGGUGGCGCAGGUGGAGCCCGGGGUGCAGAUCACGUUCGUGUCGCUGGCGGGCGGCGCCGGCAACGACCUGAAGCGCAUCCGGUUCAGCCGGGAGAUGUACGACAAGUGGCAGGCGCAGCGGUGGUGGGGCGACAACAACGAGCGCAUCAUGGAGCUCUACAACGUCCGCCGCUUCACCCGCCACGUGCUCCCCGACCCGCCCCGCGGCGACGACGACGCCGAGAGGGAGUCGUUCUACUCGCAGUCGCAGGUGGGCUCGACGAUGGGCAGCCCCGCGGCGACGCCCUCGCCGGCGCCGGAGAGCAUCGCCUGGGGCGCGGCCUUCGCCCGCCCGCAGCCCUCCGCCGCGGCCGGCGCCGGCCCAGGCGGGCCCGGCGGCGCGGCGCGGCAGCACAGCUUCCGCGGUCCGCUGUCCCCGCCGCCGCCGUCGUCGUCCAACCCGUCGGAGCGCGCCUGGCAGCAGCAGCAGCAACACCAGCAGCGCCAGAACGGUGGCCCGGAGCCUGACGCCGUGGAGCCGGCGCGGACGACCACCUCGUCCAUGCCGGACGACGUGUCCAUGAGCAACGCCAGCGAGCUGGAGGUGACGGAGUGGGUGAUCCAGGACGAGCCCGGCGUGUACAUCACCGUCCGCGAGCUCGCCGACGGCGCCCGCGAGCUCCGCCGCGUCCGCUUCAGCCGUGAGAAGUUUGCGGAGCUGAACGCCAAGCUGUGGUGGGAGGAGAACAAGGAGAGGAUACACGCGCAGUACCUCUGAAUCUCCAUUGCUAAAACGUGGACACUUUCACUCUGAAGCUUCAAGCUUUGUGAAGCAAUGGGAGGGGGAAAGGUUAAUAGUAUCUGAUACUACUGUCUACUGCUGCUGCUUAAUUACAAGUAAAUAUAGGGUUUAAUUUGUGUUUGGGGUUGGAGCUGGGAAAGAGAGAGAGAGAGAGAGAGAGAUAGGAGGGGGGAGGGGAAAGAGAAAUGUUUAUUUAGUUUAUUUAGGGUUUAAUUAGGGCAGUGCCAUGAUGCCCAGCCCAUGUGACCUGUGAUGGACUGUCACUGCAUGGAUGCAGGUGUACCAUGUUCAUGUUGAGUAUGCUUAAUCCUCAUUUUCUAUGCAUGCACACCAUCUUACUAUUU